AUGUCCAUACUCCUACUCUUCAUGAGAGCCCUACAGGAGUGUGGCUCCUUGCGUACCUACAUUUCUCUGCCAAAUGAUAAUGCUAUUUUUCAGUAUCGAUUCAGAUUGAUGAUGAACAAGAUGGACAGCCGAACAGGUCUCCAGGAAGUUCGAGGUGACAGCUCUCGUGAUGUGACUAUACUUGCUGCAGUUGAGGUUCUGCGGCAACAGAUCCAACGCUCUAGUAUACCUAGUUGGGAUAAGGGUGAUGUGAACAUCAAGGAAGGCGCCAAGUACUAG